UAUUCUUUUCAUUCAUUCCCGUUUUCAACACAGUUUCUCUCAUCUUGUUGCUUUCUUCUUAAUGGAAGGACCUUAAACCUCUCUCUCUCUCUCUCUCUCUCUUCUUCGCACUGUGUUUGUUACUUCUCUCUGCAUUUCGCCGAAAAGUUGCAUUGUACAAGAACUGGUUUCCUUCGGCGUUUGAUCUGCAACCAAACCUUGUUUCGUUUCGUUAGCUUGAUUGUGUCUCUGGACUCUGAUGUCUCCGCGGGCGCUGGCUCUGGUUUCAGAGGACGAAGGACAGAGCAAAGUCUCGACGGUAGCUUCUGCAUCUUCACAAUCCCUGGACUGUUUCUCCCAAAGUGGGGGUAGAGGAUUGAAAGAGCGAAAUUACCUUGGGUUGUCUGAUUGCUCAUCAGUGGACAGCUCCAAUUCUGCUGUCCCAAGCUUGUCUGAUGAGAAGAAGGGCAACCUGAAUUUGAAGGCUACUGAAUUGAGGCUGGGACUCCCUGGAUCCCAGUCGCCUGAACGGCAUCCGGAUGUAGAUGUGUUCUCUUUGAGCUCAUCGAAGCCCGAUGAGAAGCCGUUGUUCCCUUUGCUUCCAAUGAAAGAUGGUAUCUGCUCGUCGUCCCAGAAGAAUGUUGCUGUGUUGGGAAACAAAAGGGGUUUUGCUGAUACCAUAGAUGGAUUUUCUCAGGGGAAGUUUGCUGGUAAUACAGCAAUAAGUGCAAUGUUAUCACCUAGAUCUUCUGGUCUACAGCCUACUGCGACGAAGGAAAUGCCAAAGGUGUUACAAGAACAGCCAUGUGCAGCUAAUGGAACUGGUCUAAAUAGCCAUACGGGUCCUUCUGCCAGUGCCAGUGCCCCAGCUUCUAAGGCGCAGGUCGUUGGUUGGCCUCCUAUAAGAUCAUUUAGGAGAAAUUCAAUGGCAACCGCAUCAAAGAACAAUGAUGAAGUGGAUGGAAAACCUGGUUUGGCCGCACUCUUUGUGAAGGUCAGCAUGGAUGGUGCUCCCUAUCUCAGGAAGGUGGAUCUCAGAAGUUAUGCAUCCUAUCAGGAACUAUCUUCUGCCCUUGAGAAGAUGUUCACUUGUUUUACCCUAGGUCAGUGUGGCUCCCAUGGAUCUCCAGGAAGAGAAAUGUUGAGUGAAAGCAAGCUGAGGGACCUUCUGCAUGGUUCAGAGUAUGUCCUCACUUACGAGGAUAAAGAUGGGGAUUGGAUGCUUGUAGGGGACGUACCUUGGGAGAUGUUCAUAGACACUUGCAAAAGGCUGAAAAUCAUGAAGGGUUCUGAUGCAAUUGGUUUAGCUCCCAGGGCCAUGGAGAAGUCCAAGAGCAGGUGUUAGAUGCUGUAUCCAGAUGUUUGGAAGUGAUGACUGCCGUUUUUUGUGAAUUAAAGAUGUUUAGUUCUGGAUUACCUAUGUUUCUAAGUCCAUUAAGAGUUUGUGUUUAUCUGUUUGUUAUAUUUGUUAUCUUAUGAGGCUACCUUGGUAGAUUUAGUGUUUGUGGAAUCUGUAAUCAUUAUAGGAACCUGUCUUGGAUGAAUCGAAUGCCUUUUACAACUUAA